AUGGAUCCUCAGGCUAAAGCUAUGAUGCCUCGGCGGCCUGGUCGCCCACGAUUGAGCGAAACCGCCCCAGGAGAAGUAAAUGACGAGACUAGGAGAGCUCGGAUGAGAUUGGCUCAGAGAUCAUACCGGAGUCGGAAACAGAACUCGCUUGUCAUAGCAAAGAAUCGAGCUGAGGUUUUUGAAAAGGCCUUGGAUAGCUCCAUUGAUGAGUUUAUACAGUUUUAUGAACAAGUAUCCAAGAAGAAGAGCGAGCUACCGGUCGAGCUUUUCAUGGAACUUAAUAAGACAGCCAUGAAUAUCGUAUCCAUAGCAAGGAAGGCUCGCACGGAGCAGGGCAUCUCGGCCAGCGACGAAAUUCGGCCUCCUGAAGACAUUGCAGCAUAUUCAAAUGGAGAUACAAGGUCUGCCAGCGAUCCAUCAAGUAUCACAGCUGACUUGUUCCAUGCAUCUGGAAGGGACGUGGCUGGAGCAGACCAGUACUGGACACAUGGUGAAUCUAUGACUGGUAGUAGCAAUCUAGUCCCAGUCUCACAACGGCUGCUACUAGCCUGUUUAGAAAGAGCCAUGGAUUUGCUGCAGUCUGGAAAUCUCCAUGUUAUGGCAUUGAAUCCGACGAUGCUUCUUGCGUUAAAGUUUGAUCGAGUCGAGGAUCUAUUAGAAAGUGUCUCCCGACGGCUUUCUGGCAAUCCUAAUGCAUCUCUCGCAGAUUGUCGCUAUAGUGAAGGCCGAAAUGCACAUCUGCCCAGAAUGAUGCGCCUUGUCGAGGGAAACUUGGGCACUCUCCAGCCAAGGUCAUCACCACCAGCCUUGGAGCGCUUGGAAUUUGGCCUGACCAGAACAAUACUUCAAACAAUUAAUCCUGAUUUCCAAGGAGAGUGGCUGGAAGCGCCAGAUGUUGAAGAGUAUCUUGAGCAGCGAGGGAUAUUUGUCCGCAUGGGCUCACCCAGCGACGUGAUCAGACUAUCAGCACCAACAGGUAACCAGCCAAGUUUAGCAGGGCGUGCUGCGAUCCCAGAACAUGACUGGACGAUAUUUGGGAGAGCAUCUGGAGAGAACCAGAUCAUUCCCACGGGACUAAAUGAUUUCGCAAGGCCAGAAUGGUAUUCAGAAAUUGGGUUUCCCAUCAGCAACAAAGCAAUUGGUCAAGCAAAAACACAGGACCUUAGGAUAACUGUUGACCUCGAUAAGCUUAUCCGGGGGUUGGCAGAAAAAGCAAUUUGCCUUGGCCCAUGCCCUGGAAUCAGGAGGGUGCAUGUCGAUGAAGCGAUUCGCGCAUCAGUCACUACUCUUCAGCAGCCAGUCAAAUAA